GUUCAAUCGAAAGUAGAGUUGUCUGGAAGUAGGAGUAAACUUUGAAGUCUGCUAGGCCAGAAAAUGGCUUUAAUGGGAAACAAUAAUGAGUUUGACAAUUGCUUUACUGAAUCACCCACUUGCAUGUAUUAAUGCAUGAAUAUUUUAACGAGAAACAAGAAAUCUCCACUUCAUGUUGUUGCAACAGUGAUAAGUUGUCAAAUAUUUUUACUAAGCAUAGUCAAAGGCCAACUAGUAGACAAUCUACCGACCAAGAAAUUAAUCAUCACAGCACACCAAAUCAUAAUAAAAGCAUGGCUGUGAAAGGAGGAAUUAGUCUGAUUAAUUUCUUUGUCUUCAAUUCAGAAUAUGGACCAAGAGAGGGUGACGAAGAGAAAAAGAUCAUGUACUACUAUCCAAAGAAUGACCACAUAGAUACUAAGAUAAAACAAAUAGGGCUGUGUGAAGCUAUCUGCAAGUUUACUGAAACAUUUUCUGAUAAACCAUGUCAAAGUUUACAUACACAAAAGACAAGACAGACAUAUUUAGAACCAGAGAAAGAUUUCUGGAUAAUCAUGACAGUUAGUGUACCCUUUACAGAAAAGACCAAGGAUGGACAGCCUAUAGUAGAAUACAGAGAAGAAGAUGUACAAGAUUGUGUAUAUGAAGCUUUACUUAAACAAGCUUACAGAAUGUUCCAUCUUUUUAAUGGAACAUUUACACACAUUUUAUCAAAAAACAGCAAUGAUGUACAAUGCCUUAAACAGAGAUUAGAACAUUUCUACAGUAGGUAUCUACAAACAUUAAAACCUCAGUUCUGUGAUAUACUAGAUAUAUUUUGUGGAAUCCACUUUAUGCCAUUAGACAAGAACACAUUCCUCAGAGUCCAGUGUUUCAUCAACUUGUUAGAAGCCAAGUUCUCAGCUGUUAAAUAUACAGCUUUUCUAUAUAACGAUCAGUUAGUCUGGAGUGGGUUAGAGCAAGAAGAUAUGAGGAUCAUGUAUAAAUAUCUUACUACAAGUCUGUUUCCAACUCAUUUAGAACAAGAACUCUUAGGUAGUACAACAACUUCUCCAGCCAGAGUUCAAGGAAGUGUCCAUUAUGGCAAGUUUAUAACAGGUCCUCCAGAUAUAAAGGAUGAUCAAAAUAUUGGUAAAAUACCUCGAGUAUACUUAAAUACCUCAGAGGAGAAUGAAGAAUGUUACUUAUUAGUGUACAGAGCACAUAAUGCCAGUGUUUGUAUGUUAAUAAAUGUUUCAACAGCAUUGAAUUUUGACCUCUGUCAGAAGUUAGAUGUUUUCUUGGGACCACAGUUAACAAACUUGGCAUCAGACAUUGGUGAACAAUACUCUAAGCGACUAUCUGUCAGUAGUGACCCACCUUACAGAUAUAUAUAUUUCAACCAUAUGAACCUAGCUCAGAAAACAACAGUUCAUACAGACAAUAAAAAAGUUCCAGGUGUCAAUAUACCUCAAGAUACACUACGUCUCAUUAGUGACAUCAGUUCUGAUAUGUCCAGAAAUGGAGAAGAUGGUGAGACUAUAGUAAAGACUGCUUCAGAUAACUGGGUUGUUGGUAAACGGUCAGACCAAAGAGAAUUCUAUGUUGUUAUUAACCAGAAAAAUGCUAACUUAAUAGAAAUUAAUGAGGAAGUAAAGAGACUAUGUGCCAGUCAUUUUAACAGUAUUUUCUUCCUGGACUAACUAAUGUGAAUGGUAAUGAAUUAUGACAACUAAUUUAUUCAAAUUGUAUGUGAUGUGAAUUAUGAAUGUGCAAUAAAUUACAAA